ACAGAAGGAGCGGUUGGAGAGAGGUGCAACCGGCGACUACAACACACGCAGGCUACUCAACCCGCUGUUUCUGUUCUUAUACCGGGUGUUUUCGUUUUUUUUAAUCGUGAAGUUGUCGGAUAAGACACCUUUAUCUGGGACAAAAGGAUUUUCUCCUGUUUGAGAGUAUCAUUCAGGAUUGAGAAUGGGGAGCAGGGAAGAGGAACGGCGAAAACUCGCCGACAUCAUUAACCACUGGAACGCCAACCGGCUCGACCUGUUCGAGAUCAGUCAGCCAACGGAGGAGCUGGAGUUCCACGGCGUGAUGCGCUUCUACUUCCAGGACCGCGUGGCGGGGAACUUCGCCACCAAGUGCAUCCGGGUGUCCAGCACGGCCACCACGCAGGACGUCAUCGAGACGCUGGCCGAGAAGUUCCGGCCGGACAUGCGCAUGCUCUCCUCGCCGCGCUACUCCCUCUACGAGGUGCACGUCAGUGGGGAAGAACGGAAGCUGGACCUGGACGAGAAGCCGCUGGUGGUGCAGCUGAACUGGAACAAGGACGACCGCGAGGGCCGCUUCGUGCUCAAGAACGAGAACGACAUCAUUCCCAAGAAGACACAGAUCAAUGGGCCCGAGAGGGAAAAAGAAGGCGUCAUUCAGAACUUCAAACGGACGCUGUCCAAGAAGGAGAAGAAAAAGGAGAAGAAGAAAGACAAGGAGGCCUUCGCCCGCAUCCCAGAUGGAGAUGAAAGUGCACUCAACAGAGAGGACGGGGAGAACUCGCGGCUGGCGGUGGAGGUGUACAAGGAGAUGCCGGAGACGAGCUUCACGCGGACCAUCUCCAACCCCGAGGUGGUCAUGAAGAGGAGGAGGCAGCAGAAGCUGGAGAAGAGGAUGCAGGAGUUCCGCAACAACGACGGACGGCCCGACUCAGGCGGGACACUGCGGAUCUAUGCGGACAGCCUGAAGCCCAACAUCCCGUAUAAGACCAUCCUGCUGUCCACCACAGACACGGCCGACUUCGCCGUAGCCGAGGCGCUCGAGAAGUACGGCCUGGAGAAGGAGAACCCCAGAGACUACUGCAUCGCUCGGGUGGUCCACUCUGAAGACAAACCAGUGAAGGAGACCAUCCUGGACGACGCGGAGUGCCCACUGCAGAUCUUCCGCGACUGGACCAGUGAUAAAGAGGCCUUAGUGUUCCAGCUGAAGAAGAGACCCCCAGAUUACGUUCCAAAGAAGGGCCACAAGCCAGCCGACAGGCGUGGCUCAGUUCCCCCAGAGAAACUGCCCUACCUGGUAGAGCUCAGUCCAGGGCGCGGGAACCACUAUGGCUACUACGCCUACCGCCACCACGAAGACGGCUCCGACUCGCGGGAUAAGCCCAAGUUGUACCGCCUCCAGCACAGCGUCACUGAGGUGGGCUCCGACUGCACUGACGACGGCUCCAUACAGCUCUUUGGUCCGGGCGUCCUCCCCCACCACUGCAACCUGCUGCACGCCGACGGCCUGGUGACGGUGACCCCGGCGACCCCGGAGGCGGAGACGCUGGUGGACGGGCAGCGGGUGGUGGACACCACGCUCCUGCGCUCGGGCGCCACGUUGCAGUUCGGCCACGCGCACGUCUUCAAGUUCGUGGACCCGGCCCAGGAGCAGCUCGCUGGCAAGCGCGAGCCGGGGCCCAUGAUGCAGGGCCGCCACAAGUCCGGCAGUGUCCCGGAGACGGCCUUUGACCCCCACGGGGACAUCCACGGCUCCGGACUCCCCACCAGCAAGAGCUCAGGGAAGUUGGAUAUGGAGCGUGCGGGGAAUGGCAGUGAGAGGGGCAUGGUGAAGCCAAUGAUCCGCGGGGAGCAGCAAGACUUCAGCAAGCAUGACGGCAGGUCCCUGGACGGCCUGGGCCCCGAGCUCACGCUGCCGGCCAGCAUCGAGUUCCGGGAGAACUCGGAGGACGCCUUCCUGUCGGCCAUCAUCAACUACACCAACAGCUCCACGGUGCACUUCAAGCUGUCGCCCACCUACGUGCUGUACAUGACCUGCCGCUACGUCAUGUCCAGCCACUACCGGCCCGACAUCAGCCCGUCCGAGCGCACGCACAAGGUCAUCGCCAUCGUCAACAAGAUGGUGAGCAUGAUGGAAGGAGUCAUCCAGGAGGUUGCUGACGGUGAUCAGAAGCAGAAGAAUAUAGCGGGCGCUCUGGCCUUCUGGAUGGCCAACGCCUCCGAGCUGCUCAACUUCGUCAAGCAGGACAAGGACCUGAGCCGCGUCACCCUGGACGCACAAGACGUGCUGGCCCACCUCGUGCAGAUGGCGUUCAAGUACUUGGUCCACUGCUUGCAAGCUGAUCUCAACAACUACAUGCCUGCUUUCCUGGAUGACCCAGAGGAGCAGAACCCCCAGAGACCUAAAAUAGAGGACGUCCUCCACACGCUGACGGGCGCCAUGUCCCUCCUGCGCCGCUGCCGAGUGAACGCGGCGCUGACCAUCCAGCUGUUCUCCCAGCUGUUCCACUUCAUCAACAUGUGGCUCUUCAACAAGCUGGUGACGGAGGCCGACUCGGGCCUGUGCUCGCACUACUGGGGCGCCAUCCUGCGCCAGCAGCUCAGCCACAUCGAGGCCUGGGCCGAGAAGCAGGGCCUGGAGCUGGCCGCCGACUGCCACCUCAGCCGCAUCGUGCAGGCCACCACCCUGCUGACCAUGGAUAAGUACUCCAUGCAGGACGUGCAGAACAUCAACAACACAUGCUUCAAGCUCAACUCACUACAGCUCAACGCCCUCCUCAGCAACUACCACUGUGCCCCCGACGAGCCUUACAUCCCCCCGGAGCUGAUUGACCAUGUGGUGGCGGUGGCAGAGAACACAGCAGACGAGUUGGCGCGGAGCGACGGGCGCGAGGUGCAGCUGGAGGAGGACCCCGACCUGCAGCUGCCCUUCCUGCUGCCCGAGGACGGCUACUCGUGCGACGUGGUGCGCAACAUCCCCAACGGCUUCCAGGAGUUCCUGGAGCCCCUCUGCCAGAGAGGCUUCUGUCGUCUGACCCCUCAUCCCCGCUCUCCCGGCACCUGGACCGUCUACUUCGAAGGAGCCGACUGCGACAGCCACUUCUCCGCCGACACCUCUGAGCUGCCAAUGCGGAAGGAUCCGGAAAUCGUGACGGUCACGCUCAAGAAGCACAAUGGCAUGGGCCUCAGCAUCGUGGCUGCCAAGGGCGCUGGCCAGGACAAGCUGGGCAUCUACAUCAAGUCCGUGGUCAAAGGAGGAGCUGCAGACAUGGACGGGCGUCUGGCUGCAGGAGAUCAGCUGCUGAGUGUAGAUGGCAGAAGUUUGGUUGGUCUCUCCCAAGAAAGGGCGGCUGAGUUGAUGACCCGCACAGGUUCCGUGGUGACCCUGGAGGUGGCCAAGCAGGGUGCCAUCUACCACGGCCUGGCCACACUCCUCAAUCAGCCCUCCCCCAUGAUGCCCAGAGCGAACGACCGCUCUCGGGACAAGGGCAAGUUGCGACCAAAGAGUGAGGGCUUCGAGCUCUACAACAACACGGUGCAGAACGGCUCCAGCGAGAGCCCCCAGGGCAACUGGGACAACUACCCAGAACCAAAGAAGAUGGGCGGCGAGGAGCGGCUGCUGAAGAACCGCGCGGACCACCGCUCCAGCCCCAACGUGGCCAACCAGGCCCAGAGUCCAGGAGGAAAGCCCGUGUACCCUGGAGGACCAGGGAAGAUCACCUCCGUCUCCACUGGCAACCUCUGUGCUGAUGAGGAGCCGUCUCCCCCUCGCCCAGAGGCCUACCCCAUCCCCACCCAGACCUACCCCAGAGAGUACUUCACGUUCCCGGCCUCCAAGUCUCAGGACCGGGUGGGGCCCUCGCCCAACCAGCCCUGGCAGGACAACGAGGACAGGCCUCCGAUGGAGGUCCAUCACAACAACAACAUGUCCAUGCAGAGAGUGGCCCACUCCCAGGAGGAGCUGUGCGACGUGCCGGGCGGCUACCUGCAGCAGCAGCAGCACCCGGACUACCAGCGCGGCAGCGGCGAGCACUGGAACCAGCAGGUGUCGUCCUCCCUGGAGUCCAGCACGUCCAGCCAGGAGCACCUCAACUACUCCAACGCCUCGGUGGGCUCCGGCGGCAAGGGCCCCAGCAACCACAAGAGCGGGCCAGGCCGCUGGAAGACCCCGGGCCCCCCGCCGGGCCCCCACUCCCAGCCCACGCGCACCGACCUGCCCCCUCCUCCGCCGCCUCCCCCAGCUCACUACGACUACGAGCCCCAGCCGGAGAUGCCGCUGCCGCCUCCGCCCGUCUCCCAGCAACAGCAUCAGCAGCAGCAGCAGCAUCAGCAGCAUCAGCAACAGCAGGCGGCUGCUGCAGCUGCGGCCGCCGCCGACCGCAAGAAGCGCGAGGAGCAGCAGCGCUGGUACGAGAAGGAGAAGGCGCGGCUGGAGGAGGAGCGCGAGCGCAAGCGGCGCGAGCAGGAGCGCAAGCUGGGCCAGAUCCGCGGCGCCCCCGGCCCGGGCCCGGCGCACGGCCAGCACGGCACCCUGCCCCACAUGCCGCCGCCGCAGCACCACCACCACCCCCACAACAUGCCCCCGCCGGCCGGCCCCGGGCCCAUGCAGAUGCCCCCACCACAGCAGCAGCAGCAGCCGCCCUACAUGCCCCCACAGCCCCAGCCGCCGCAGUCCCAGCCCAUGGCGGCCCCGGCGCCCCCGAUGCGGCCCGAGAAGCUGUCCAGCCUGCCGCGCGGCAUGUCGGCCCCGUCCGGCCCCCCUCCGCCCGGCGGCGACACGGUGAUCCGCGACCUCCUGCCGCAGCAGCAGCCGCGCACCAUCGAGCGGCGCGACCUCCAGUACAUCACCAUCAGCAAGGAGGAGCUGUCGGCCAGCGACUCACUCUCGCCCGACCCGUGGAAGCGCGACGCCCGCGAGAAGCUGGAGAAGCAGCAGCAGCUGCAGAUCGUGGACCUGCUGGACAGGGAGAUCCAGGAGCUGCAGGCCAAGCCCGAGCGCACGGCCGAGGAGAGCGACCGCCUGCGCAAGCUCAUGCUGGAGUGGCAGUUCCAGAAGCGGCUGCAGGAGUCCAAGCAGAGCGACGACGACGAGGACGAGGAGGAGGACGACGAAGACGACGUGGACACCACCCUCAUCAUGCAGAGGCUGGAGGCCGAGAAGCGAGCACGGUUGCAGGACGAGGAGCGGAGGAGGAAGCAGCAGCUGGAGGAGAUCCGCAAGCGGGAGGCUGAGGACCGGGCCAAGCAGGAGGAGGAGAGACGCUGGCGGGAGGAGGAGAGGGCCAGGCGAGAGGCCGAGGAGAAGAGGAGACAGGAGGAGGAGUACUAUAACCGCCUGGAGGCGGAGAGGCGCCGGCAACAUGAAGAGGCCGAGCGCAAGCUGCUGACCCCCGAUGAGCCUGGUCUGUACAGACCGCCCCUCCCCAAGGACUACCAGCCCCCCCCUCCCGCCUCUCCCGCCAACACAGCCAACACUAACCACAGCAACAGCAGUGCUCCACCACCCCCCCCUCAGAGAAACACCUCUUACCUCAAAACCCAGGUCGCCUCCCCCGACACCCUGUACACUGCCAAGUUUGUCUCGUACAAUGACGAGGAGGAUGAGGAUGAGGACGCUGGCCCAGCAGGUCAGGUUAAGCUUUCCGCGACCCGGAAGUCAUACGGCGACCUCCCACCCGCCGCGCAUAAGCCACAGCCGCCGCCCCUCGCGCGAAAGCCCCGUCCCAUGUCCGACGGCAUCUUUCUGUCCAGUCAGUUCCACCUGCCUGCUGACAAUGCCAACAGUACUACCGGCCGGACAGGCCACGCGCCUCCACUCCCCUCCACCAAACCCAACUUCAUUCCACCACCCAAUUCUAAAGCAGGAUUUAAUUCGUACACUGGAAACACAACAGGGCUUGUAGGAUCGGGAGAAGUUUACAAGGAAAAGUGGAUUAAAAGUGUGCCAGAGCAGGACAACACGAUCGCAGGUAACCCCGAGAGCCUCACAUUUAAGGAACGCCAGCGUCUAUUCUCCCAGGGAAAGGAGGUGUCCAACAAGGUCAAGGCCUCACGGAAACUGAUGGAGCUGGAGAAUGAACUGAACACAAAGUAGACUGGAGCCUUAGUUAGGGAGACACAAAUGCCAGUACCUGGUUGUAGUACUGGGAAUCUAGUUUGAGUUUCCCCAAUUACCUUAUUUUCCUUCUUCAAAUCUUUUUUUUUUUUUUUUUUAAGAGAGUAACUGGACCAUUAAAUACUAUUUAGAUACGUCAUUGCAAUAAGAGAGACGAUACUGCGUAAUUUCCCCUCUAAAGAUUCAAAGAUUAUUAUUAUUAUUGAAAAAGCACUGUAAAUGUUUUAAUUAUUUUAUUGAGAAAUUUUCAGUCACAUGAAGGGGGUUAUAUUUUGGUUUCAAUGACUUUUGGGGGGGAAAGAUGCAUAUUUUCUCAUUUUAAUGUUUUUUUUUUUUUUAGUAGUAUACAGUAAUGUGGGAUAUUUUAUGGUGUUUUAUGCUCUUCUCUGCAUUGCGUAUUUCCCACUUAUUUUUAUGUUUUCCAUGAAAAUAAGUACCCAAACUCGACCAACCUUUUACUGUUAUAAACGCUGCCCUGUACUCUGUGAGCGUACUCUGCUUUCAGAUUUAAAAUUUGUUAUAUGAUGGGAAAACGUCAUCAUCCAGACAGAUAACACCACCGCCCAUUCCAUUUUACCACUAAGCCAGGUAUUACUGUACAAGGGACUGUUUCACUAAAGGUUCCACCUGUUUGUAUAGCUACACUGUAAAACCUGUUUUCAUCAAUUCCAUUUCAAACUAACAAGGGCGUUCACUAGAGCAUCAGUCUUCGGAAACAAACUAGUGUCAUCUCAAUGCCUCUGAACAGUUUGUACUCAUUGGAAGUGAAACGUUAAACAUUCCUGCAAGAACAUUUAGACAGGCAACAUGUAUCUUUCUGGUUUUUCUUCACCGUCUGAAAACUUGCCAUUUUUUUGCCCAAAAGGUUUGAUAUUUUUAGUGGUCAUUUUUCCUGUGACCCCUCUUUGCAGUUUCUUUUCUUUUUUUAAAACUCUUGUUUGAUUUGAAUGGAUAUUUGCGUAGUUGAGUGGCAGUGUGAUCAACUGGUGUAAAAAAAACACCAGUAUGACAAUGAUGAGUCAAGAAUGGGAAAUGAUUUCAGUUCAAAUUUAAAUAACAAACACUAAACGUAGGAAUGUAACAUUUGCGUAGAAAAUAUUUAUUUGAUCGUCAUGCAAUAGAUUUGUUUUCCUAUUUAUGAAAAUCUGUUUUAAUUGAAACGAUGAAAAGGAAACACAUUUGAAUCGUACUUGUUUCUUUUUUUCCCCCUUACUUUUUUUUUUUUAAGAGAACAUGCCUAAUUCCAGUGAGGUGUGUUUUUUUUUAUUAUUGUUUUAGGUUCCUUACUCCUUACCAUUGGAGGUAAACAGUUGAUGCAGGAUGAAAUUUUGUUGAGUCUCCAGAUACACCUGCAUCUCUCCGUUCACAAAUGUCUAGACUUACUGAACAUGUUGUGUAAAUAAUUUUCAAGAGAUCAAAGAAGACCUGACUUUACUUUGUACAUUUUAAUUAAUCAUCUCUAAGGCUCUAGUGUCAAUAUCCCCUUUUCUGCUCAGAAAAUGUAAACCGACAUGUAAACACAUGUUUUUCAUUUUAGGUUACAGGUUUAUUUGGUUUCAUUUUAUUGGUUGUUUCAUGUUAGGCUUUUGUAAAUCAAAUAAAUACAGAUUUUACAAAAAAACAUGGAAUUGUCUGUACAAUUUGUAUAGAAUUAUACAAAGUAUUAUUUUUCACAUAUUUAGCCUUGGAACAAGUUGCCACUGUUAUAGCCAGUUAUGUAAGCAACGGUUUAAGUAAUCAGUCAAAAUGAGCAUUGAAUCUUUACACGUAACACAUUUUGACUCUGAAGGAGUUACAAACAUGUUUAUGGUUGCAACACACAAUGUCUUAUAUUUUUCAAAAUAAAAAGUGAACUACAUUGGGGUAAUUUUCUCUUGUGUAUGAGAAUUGUUUGUGGAAAUGGUGUUGCUUUGGUCUUCCUGAAUAAUAUGUAUCCUUUUAUCUGUCCAAUAAUGACCUUUUCAAAGGGAAUGUUGCUCAAGAAGAAUAUAUUGCUGCAAAGUCAGUGGAGGACAGUCAUGGAUAAUGGCGAUCAUCUGGGACUCCACCAUAAUAAAGAGAACUGAAGUGAUGUCACGUGGAGACUCAGGAUUUAAUGUAAAGAUGGUGGAUCAGAGCAGACACCCUGCUGCCUUUGCUGAUUGAUUAUGUAGUUUGUUACAUGUUGGAUGCAUUUGCAGAGAAAGGUAUAUUUUUUUGACAUUUUUAUUUUUUAUCAGCUAUUUUUCAGGUCACAGUUGACCUGAUUGUUACAAAGAAGAGGACACUGACUGAACCACCACUUAUUCUUACAAAUCUAAUUCAAAGCUGCUUUUCCCUAAUCUUCCAACAAUUCCAGACUGCUAAAAGAAAAUCCUAAGAUUAAACUUUCAAGACAUUUGUGGUUGAUAAUGCGAGACCAUGUGGACAUAAGGACUAGCUGUGCCUAUCCCUCUGUAUUCAAACUGUACCUUACUUUUAAUAAAGUCUAAUACACCUUG